CAAAAUCAAAGAUAUUUUAUUAUUAAUACAUGAAAUUUUUAAUAGAGAUUUUCGUUUAUCUUUUUAAAAAUUUGUGUCAUGAUCACCAACGAGAUAUUGGAGGAUGAGGAUUUCACAAAUUCGACACCAAUAACCGACAAUAUCGAGAGAGAAACAAACAUUUCGCAGAACAUUCAAGAAAAUAAAGAAACAGAUCAAACUCAGAACACUAGUGAUGAUAAAUAUCCAGUAAAACGCAACACAGUUGUAACAUUUGCACCGAGACAUACAAGCAUUCCGUUUAAUGAUGAUCGAGAACCGGCCUGCGUGGAAAGUAUAGAACAAGACGACGAGUUAGUCUUGAAAGAGAAUCUUGAUAUAAAUAGACUGUAUUCAUCCAACAUGCGUUUGACACAAUCAGAUACCUCUAAAAAAUCAACAGAUGAAUUCACACAGACGUUCUUUAAGUCUAUGAUAAAAUUGUCAAAUCGACGAUAA